AGUUUUGCUACAUAUAUAAUUUUCGAUGCUAAAAUACCAACAUGUUGGAAAAUGAAUUUGGAUUAAAAUAAAUUUUGAAAAAUGAGGCGCAUAGUGUUAUUUGAUUAACUCGUCUCCUUUACCCAGUGCUUCAAGUUUUCCAUGACGAAUUCUUCUUCAUCGGCUCUUCUUCACAGCCUCGUCCAAUUAUCACAAACCCUUAAAUUGAAACUCUCCGAAACCCCGUACAAUCCACCAGAAGGUUCCCCGAAUGUCGCCAUCAAAUCCACUCUGCAGGAUCUUCUACCAAAUCCCAAUAUUUCGGAAGCCGAUUUCCGAACCCACGUCAAAGACUUCGUAUUAUGCUGUGCUUCACUAGCUUCUGCUUUGAACUCCUCCACCGAACACCUUUCGUGGAUCCCGAAUUCACUCUCGUUUUCUGCACUUUCCGCAUUGGAAGAUUUUGCCAAUGCUUAUUAUAAUUCUAGCAACGUGAAGGAUUCAAUUAAGAUUGGUGAAUUGGAGUUGGAUUUGAGGUUCUUGGGGAGUGCCAAGAGGCUGGUGAUCGAGUUGAUAUCAGAAGUUCUGCCUUUGUUAAAAGAUAAGAUUAAGGAAAGUGCAAUAGAUGCAUCUGAUGAUGGUGAUGGAAUUUCAGCUGCUAGUGCUAAGGCCCCAGUAGCUUAUGCAAUUGUUGCUGCCUAUCAGUUUCGAUGGUUUGUUACACAGGUGGAUGGUCUUAUUUUGGGGAAGUUGUGUCCUUUGGUGGUUCCUUGUGCUUUGACAGCUCUUGAUCACUGGUCUCAAGAAGUCAAGCUUCCUUUUCAGGGCCAAGGCAUGAUUAGCUUUAUACAUCUUGGAAAAAUUGUAAAUGCUGCUGAUUUUGGUAGCUAUGUGGAUGUAAUCCUUGAUGCUUGCUGCCAAAAUGUGGCUUCAGAUGAUGAGAUAUGGGACUAUGUGGUGGAGAUGUCAGUGCUUCUCGUCACUUCAACUCAGAGAAAUAAUCCUCGCAGUCAAUGGUUUGAAAAACUGCUCAAUGAGAUGUUAAAUCACUUAGAACGGCAACCAAGAAAUAAGCAGCGUCGUACUGCAUGGCUGACGCACAUUGAGCCACUUUUCAAAGUUCUAGGUCUCCUACUGCUUGCUCAUUUCAGGCGUCUCUUUCCUCUUUUCUUUAAGUGGAUGCAUGCUGAUGAUGAUGAAACAGUUUUGCUGGUUCUGGAGCGGACCAAAACCGUUCUAAGAGUAACAUGGAUAAGAAAUUCACCGUUUAUUGAAAGAUUUGUGGACGAGCUUAUCACUCUGUACAAAGAGGCAGCACUGAAGGUUAAUCGGGAACCUAUUAGAUCACUAGUUCUUCAAAUACUGGCCCUGAUACAGCAUUCAAAUGGUUCACAGUUCGAUGCCACUUGGAAAAAGUACAAGGAUGAUCCAGACCUGAUCUCUCUCUCUGGCCAUUUUCAACACAAGAGAUAAUGCAGUGGUAACACACUGCGUUUUAUCACAAACAAAUUGAUCUAUGUAGUCAAGAGAGUUUUUAUUGUCUCACUAUCAUUCUAGGGGAGACACUUGUGCAUUUAAAGGUUCAUAGAGACGAAGUUAUAACCAAACCUAAAUAAUCAUUAUACAAUCGUUUUUUAUUUUUUUUUAUUUUUUUGAGAUAAGAAUAAUCAUCGUACAAUUGUUUCGUUAACUUUACCAAAAUAUUUACCAUUAUUUCUGUA